GUCGUCAGGGGUGUGGCUAGGUUGCUACGGGAGGUGCCCUGGUCGUUAGGGGCGGGCGCGCUCUCGCGUGUACGGGAACGCGCGGUGGCAGCCUCGAGUUAGUAGGCAGUGUUGGCGGGUGCAGGUGAAUUGACAUUGGGUGGUGUUGGGGUUCGGAAAAAAGAUCAUAUCGAGAGGAGGCUUAUAGGACCCAUCGGCCAUGAAUGUAACCAAAGGUGGUCUGGCACUGUUCUCUGCCAAUUCAUGUACAGCCUACACAGAAUUGGCCAGAAAGAUUUCAGAGCGACUUGGCGUAGAACCGGGUAAAGUUCAAGUCUACCAAGAAGCUAACAGAGAAACAAUAGUACACAUUCAGGAAUCUGUCCGAGGAAAAGAUGUGUUUAUUAUUCAGACUGUUUCAAAGGAUGUCAAUACCACCAUUAUGGAACUCCUUAUCAUGAUCUAUGCCUGUAAGACCUCAUGUGCCAAGAAUAUCAUUGGUGUAAUCCCUUACUUUCCAUACAGUAAGCAAUGUAAAAUGAGGAAAAGAGGUUCCAUUGUGUCCAAGCUUCUUGCAUCCAUGAUGUGUAAAGCCGGCUUGACUCACUUGAUUACAAUGGAUUUGCAUCAGAAAGAAAUCCAGGGAUUUUUCAAUAUUCCAGUUGAUAAUCUGCGAGCAUCUCCAUUCCUCCUACAAUACAUUCAGGAAGAGAUCCCUGAUUACAGAAAUGCAGUGAUUGUCGCAAAGUCACCAGCAUCUGCCAAAAGAGCACAGUCUUUUGCUGAGCGAUUACGUUUAGGAAUUGCCGUUAUACACGGUGAAGUGCAGGAUGCAGAGUCAGAUUUAGUUGAUGGCCGGCAUUCACCACCAACAGUGAAAAAUGCAGCUGCUAUACACCCCAGCCUGGAAAUACCUAUGGCGAUUCCAAAGGAAAAGCCUCCAAUCACAGUUGUUGGAGAUGUAGGAGGAAGAAUAGCUAUUAUUGUGGAUGACAUAAUUGAUGACGUUGAUAGCUUUUUAGCAGCUGCAGAUACAUUGAAGGAGAGAGGGGCUUACAAAAUCUAUGUAAUGGCAACUCACGGGCUUUUGUCAUCUGAUGCACCCAGAUUGAUAGAAGAAUCUGCAAUUGAUGAGGUGGUAGUAACCAAUACAAUCCCACAUGAAAUCCAGAAACUCCAGUGCCAUAAAAUAAAGACCGUUGACAUCAGCAUGAUCUUAUCUGAGGCCAUUCGAAGAAUCCACAAUGGUGAAUCAAUGUCAUAUCUAUUCCGAAAUAUUGGUAUGGAUGAUUGAAAUGAUCCCUAAGGCCACCUUGAAGUGCACCUUUACUUUACUUGGCAAGAAAAUGUCGUGAUUCACUGGUGCAAAAUCUUAAGUUUCUAUCAAAAAGGCCAACUUUGUAAAGUGAAUUUUUAAGUAACCUUGCUGAAUAUGGAGACUUAACUGCGUAAUACUUCAGAUUUCCUUUGCUGUUUUGUAAAAGCUAAGAAGUAUGACCAAAAUCCCUGUUUGUUUUAAUUGCUUUUGUAUUUAGGAGUAUUGUAUUAUGUUUUGCAUGUCUUGGCUACAUAUUUGCUCUUGAAGAUAACCUGCUCCAAGCUAAAAGAUGGCAGCACAAAAAAAAGGAAUAAACAUAAGCACCUGAAAUAGCCAACCUGAAUUGUGCAAACUUGCUAUCUUGUGACUAUAUUUCAAUAUUCUUUAUUGAUAUAAAGCACUUUGGGAUGUUUUGAGGUUAUGAAAGGUGCUAUAUAAAUGCAAGUUCUUUGUAUAAACUGGGUUUUUUUGAUAAGUAAAUGUUACAUAUUGCAGAUAGUGAAUCAGUUGAAUAAUUAAAUUACUUGGUUUUUCCUUUUCUCGAAGGUAUAAAUUUUAAAUGAUCUAUCUAGCUUUUAACCCAUUUUGAAAGUCUUUAAAAGUUUUUUUUAAAAAUUAUAAUAAAAUAUUGCCAUCCUUUCCAGGAUUAUCCUGAUGAACCUCCUGCUUAGUGCUGCAUUUUCUUAAGAAGCGCAGUUCUACAACUAACAUGGUCCUCAAUUAUUAGUCAUGCACUCAGAAUCUUGCCUUUUUGUGCAUUUGGCCCUGGGGCAUUGGAAUCAGUUUGUUUUCUUACAAUGUAAUUGACCAUGCACUAGACAAAAUGCUGAUAACAGCUAAGAGUGGGAUAGCUGAUUAUACAUCCUUUCUUCCCUCUGCAGCCCAAGGACAUUGGGAGCAAUUGUGAUGAUUACUACCUGCUAACAUCACAUUCUGUAGAAACCUUUUUAAUCAUAUUGCUAAAUUCUACACUGUAGUUUCUUUAAAAAACUGCACCAUGUUGGGAGCUGUUCAUUUUGUUUCCAAACUUUAUUUUCUAUAUCACUCAUGGCAAAAUUGUGGAGCUGCAAUUUUCAAAGUCUUUAAAAUCUGUACAACCAUUUAAUUUGUGCAGGAGGAUAAUUUCUAGAAGGAAUUAUUGGUUUUGUGGCAUAAGUUGGGAAAACAGUUACAUAGUUUUGUACUUGGUUGUGUAGAUGCCAAUUCAUACAUCAAUGCAAGAUCGGUGCAAAGAGCCUAAAAUGUACUUGGUUACUUUUGACAUUGAAUUGCUGUUUGUCAUUUUGGUAAGUUGGUAGCUUUGGAUUUUCCUUCUAGAAGUGUAAGAUGGUGAAAUAACUCAACUCAUUUAUCAUGCAUUAAGUAUCCUUUCCUGUAAGAAUACUAGUCAGUUUUGUGAACUAGAUCUAUUAACAUUGACAAAAUGUGAGAUCAGUUGGCUUAGGUAAGUUUCAGUUUGUGUUGGACUGCUUCAAUGAACAUGCAAUUGAAUUAAUGAAAUAAUCAGUCAUCAAUUUAAACAAGAAAUGCACAGCAGAUCAGUCAGCACCUGAAGAAGAAAUUAACACUUGGUUACAACCAUGUCAACACAAGGAAUAAGAGUUUUUGUUGAAGAUUAGUUAUUCUAAAGGGAAUUUCUUUGUACUGUAAUUUUUCUAUUCUUUUUCCAUGGUUUGCAAAGAUCUGAGACCAGGUAGUAAGAUAUGAUUUGCUUGCAGUAGUAAACAUGGCUAACAUGCUGCCUUUUUUAAAAAAUAUCUAAUGGACAUUUUAGGAUAAAAAACUACUUGCAGAGCCAUGAAUCUUUAUUGUGGCAGUCUAUUUGUGAAACAUUAAUGAAGCAGAAGUGGACUUUGGUGUUAUUCUACAAUAUUAUUUGAUUCCUUGAUGGAAUUAUAUUUGUAACAUAAUGAGACUCUAGUAUUAAAUUUAGUUAAAUUGCCAUUUCCAGCCCAGGAAUAAGUCUUGACCUCAAGUCUUCCUAAUUACUACAUAAGAAUUUUCUUUUCCCCAAGCCCUACACCAACCAUUCUGGAAUGGAAUUACUGUUGAUUGUUGUCAAUUUUCACCAUUAAUAGAGAUCACAUUGGGAAAUUGAAUGCAGUGGCCCAGUACACUUUAGUGAAGAGGAAACAGGUACAUCUCUGGAUCUUGUGUUAGUUUCACUCUUGGUCAGAAACUGAGUAUGUGCGGCCUUGGAGCAUCAAUCAAUGUACAUGUUCUUGACUUAACUAGACAGAUCAGGAUCUGCUGCCUGUACCCCACACUACCUGGUUAAUAAGAAGCUGGCUUGGUCUUAAGUCCUGUGAAGACUUUUUCCCUAUCGUUCUCAUUUUAAUGAGUAUCUUUCCUCCCUGACUCCUACCAUCACUUAAAAUGAGCAGUUUUUGGGCAAGGCCAUAUCAUUCCGAAACUUUGUCUCCCAGCAGCUUGUAAGCCAUAGGCUUGUCAUGCUUCUUCUGUAAGGAGGUGGAUUGGGAGCCUUUGGUGCCUCUGUUAAUAAUAAAAAAUCUUCUGUGAUCUUGUCCAUUGUUACAUGGAGAGACAGAUGUGUCUUUUGUCUGUGUUUAGUUGUAACAAGCUAUAUUCGCUAUCUUGGGAGCAAAUAGGAUUAAUGGGCAUCUUAUCUCAUAAUCAUGAGGGAACAGCACCAUCCUCUGGAUGAUUUAAAAAUAGCAAUCGUAUUACACAAUAGGUAAGAAAGAUAAUAUUGAAGUGUUACCAAUGCAGUGAUGUAUAUUUUAGAACUUGUCACAGUUGGCUAUCAGAUUGAAAAUGUUACACUUUCUAUUCUGACAGGCAAAAACAAAUCAAAAGCAAACUCAAUAAAAAUGACUGUCUUUGCAAAUGUUGAUCAUAGGCAAAGCUGGAGAUUUGCUACAGAAGCUGCUGAUCAUAAAAAAUUUCAGAGGUCAUCCCUGAAUUGAUUUCAGAGUAUUUCAUAAGAGAAAUUGGCAUCAAAUUGUCCUUUGGAUCUAUUUAUAAAAGUUACAUUUAUCCUUGGAAGAAAUUGGUUUUGCUAAUAACAUGAAGAACUGUGUAUUGUGGCAUACUACUACAUCUAUGACAAAGCAAAUCCUCCGUCUUGCCAUGAGCAUGGCUACAGAAGUUCCUUUAUUGCAAACAAAUAUCAAUUAUAUCAAUACAAUAAAUGCAGAAAGCUUAUCUAGCUGUCUAUUGAUUCUUUCAUCCGAUUUAAAUGCCUGAUACUUGGAGUUAACUAUUAAAACAAUGCUGGCAUAUAUUUGCACCUUGUGGUGUUUCUUGUCAUCAGCUGUCUGGUUCACUUUUCACCAGAUAGCAUGAAAUUCUUGUCUGGCUUCUGUAUCUUGGAAAAUGGCUCACUGCAAAUUGUAUGUGCACUAAUCCAUGUUCAAAGUUUUUAUAAGUGACUUUCCCUUAGCAGGAUGCAGGUCCGUUUUUAAAAUGGGCACAUUUGGGACUUUCCAUACCUGAUGCAGUUCUCCGCGCUGGUGAAAGGGUCCAAUGUUAAAUCCAAACAUGCUUUUAAUUGCUAUACAAAUAUUUUUCACAGCUUGCCUUGUGCUUGGAGGAGGUUACUUGUCCAUUGUCUGUUUAUGCUAAACCUUAAAGUUGUUUGUUUAAAACUUCUUCAGGGGAAAAAAAAAUCAAUAUCCAAGUCUGCCUUUCUUUAAUCAACAUUGCGUAAAAUCCUUAUUUUUUUCUUCCCUUUUCUGCAUGAAAUGAAUUUUUUUGGGCUGGGAUUUGCAUGCUUCUCUUCAGCGUUUCUUCUCACGUUUUAAAUUUUUGAAUAUUGUUCUCAAAAUCCACACUCCUGUUUUCACAUAGGAAAUCUAGCUCAUUUAGAGACCCUGAAGGUACUAUUUGUACUUCAAAAUUGAAGAGCUAGAGUGCAAAUGUCCAAAAAUAAGUUGCAAAUUAAUAAUAAAUUUUUUUUAGGUGUUAUUACAAUAGAGAAUGUAAUGAAAGAUUCAUGAUUGUAAAUUGUCAUGUGCAAUUGUGCAGAUGAAAUUGGCAGUCUUUUGAAAGUAACUUUUUUAUUUUGUGUGUUUUGUUCUUUUUUUUUCUCUCUAAACUUCAGGAAGGUUUCCUGAUUAAUGGUCCAGUGACCAUUGAGACAGGUAGACUUUUUGUGUAUGUAUGAGGUAACGUUGCUGAAGAGUGGACCUCAGGGAUCGCACCAAAGACACCCCUGCUCCCGUCAUGUACAGCAUAGUAAUGUCUCCACCUCAGAAGAGAAUUCAAAACCAGAGCGUUCCCCUGGCUUUCUAAUAGAUUGAGUGCUUCACCAACUGUGCCCUGAACCAGUUUUAUAAAUAUCUUGUUUGCGUCUUAACCUGCUAAAUGUGUGAUCAACUGCAGACAAUGCAAACACUCUUUGGAAAAAAGAAAGCUGGUUAUUAUAUUUCUCUGAUAGAACUGUAUAAUUGAAUAAGACCAGAGACUAUCAUGAGAAAAUAGGCUUGGCAUGUUGCAUACUUUUGGGUUUUUAUAUAAUUUGAUUCCCAAUUGGGUGGUAAGUGUAUUCACUGAUAAAAGUAUGUAUUGACUGGUUUAACCGUUUUAAUUUUUUAAAUGUUAUAUUAAGUAAUUGGCAGUGGAAGUAGUACAGUGUUUACCAUUACUUGAUAGUUAUAAUUUGCUUGAUUUUGAUUAUUUAUUACAGUGCAAAUGUGUCAAUUUAAAAAGUUUUACUCUGCCAUUUCUUCCUGACUUCCCAGCUUUAAAUCGGGCAUUGUUUUAAAUGUAUUUCUUCCAUUCUGUUUAAUCAGUGAAACUGGCUGGAAGGACUUGAGAAACCAUUGAUCAAGUUCUGUUAACAUCAGUAGUGAUAGUCAUUGAUCCAAAGACUUUGAAGCUUCAUUUUCAGCUUUGUAUCUUUUGAGUGUUUAUGCUUGUCCAUCCAGUUUCAGUAAUGUGAUUACUGCUCCCCUGUUUAAGGCAAUCAUUCAAAAUUUAAAAAAAAACACAAAUGGGCAGAGUAAAAGUAUUGCAGCUUUUUUUUAAUGGCAGUUUGCAGUAGGACUAUUGCUGGAAAACAAAUUGAGGUUGUUCAUAUUCUUUUUAUGUAGGACUGAUAACAUCAGCUUGAAGAGAGAUUUUGCCUUUGAGCCUGGGCAAAAUCAACACCAAGGUCCCUGAAGUAAAAGGACAUGGUCUUUCUUGCAUAAUGCUCCAUCUCUAGCCAAUACUGCUGUGAUAAAAUCUAAUAAAGCUUUAAUAGGGAAGAUGAAUGCUUUUAAUUUAUUUAUUUUUAGAUUUUGAUGUCUUUGUAUAUUUAUAAUAGAAAUUUAAUCAUUAUACUUAGCUUUGCAAAGGUCUGCAAAAUACUGGAAAUUACUAUUAAAGAUUUCUGUGCACUUGCCCAUCUGUUACUUUGCAAUGGGUCACAAGGCCAUGUUUCCACAGAUUAUUGGUAUUCGUUUGUAAGUCAUGCAUUUAGCUGAAGUGUAUCAACGUUAAUUAAACAUUUGGAGAAAAAAAGCACAAAA